GUGGCGGCCCGCUUCUCAGCCAAGUACUUACUUACCAUGCAUCCGUCUGUUAAAGUGCUCGCACAUAAACCUCUCAUCAGCUUCAUCGGAAAGCGUGUAUGGCCAGCUACUGCAGGUCCCUCUCACCCUCAUCCAGCUGCUCCUCCAGAAUGGCAAAAGUCCUUUUCUGAAAAGGCUGUUCCUCACAGCUCACACCGAGCGCCGCAGGAACAUCCCGUCUUCCUAGAAUUCUGGGACGCUCCAGCACGCUUCUCGAAGCCAUCCACCAGAUACUUGGAGCAAGUAGAGAUCGAUGCCAUACUGAGUGGAGGAGCUUCUUUGCGAUAGAAUAGAUAAAUCUGAUAGACACCAUUUACAAUUCAUGCCGCGUCACCCCCAAACCUUAUCUAAACUA